AUGUCGGCAGGUGUUGCGGCCGAUGCACCCAUCCUGGAGCCCCCAUCACCCACGGCAAAUCUCGACAAGGUGCAAGGUACCUCGCAGAAACGGAAAUCUAUAUCUGAAUCACCUCCUCCUGCGGAAGAGUCGAGCUCAAAGCGAGUGAAGCUAGACGGCCAAGACGGCGGACGACAGAGCCCACAAGAGUCGCGCAGAGACAGAGAUGUAUAUAGGAAUGGAAGGGAUACAGGCAGGGAAGCUCACGAUGACCAUUCUCGCAAACGCGACGCCUCACCGCGUAGGUCGCGAGACGAACCGAGGAGGGAGUCCUUCACCUCAACAGGAGAUCGAUCGGGGAAGUUCUCUACCGAGGAGAAGAAGCGUGGGCAGCGAUUAUUCGGCGGUUUACUGAGUACACUAAGUCAGACCACGAGCAAUUCGCAACAGAAGAGACGAUUAGAAAUUGAGCGCCGACAACAGGAGAAAGCCCACCAGCAAAAGAGAGAAGACGAUAAGCGCAGGGCUGACAAGCUUUCCAAGCUCAACACUGUUCGCAAAGUUGAGCAAGUCAAAUUUGACGAGCAAGUUAUGCGAACCCGCCAUUCCAACAUGCGAGCCAUGGCCCAUAGUCUCCAAACAAGGAGUGAGCCAAAACUGUUCUACCGCCCCUGGGAGCUCACAGCGGCUCAGGAGGACAAGAUACAAGAUCAGAUCCGAGAUACUGAAGCUGACAUUGCGGACGAAGUCCAACGGUUCAAGCGUCGCAAGGAAGCGAGACUGAAAGACUUGGGCGUAGAGUUCCCGCCCGAGUCGAGCGAUAUGGUCGGUGACCCCGUUGAUGAUCGUUCUAACGAUGCACAAGCUGGUACUAUAGAUCACCGCCCUGUCGCUCAACCACCCAAGAUUGGUCAUGAAAAGGACCACGACGAGGAUGUUAUGGUCGAGGCAGAGGAGGACACGGUAAUCUACUAA